AUGCCAGCCUCGCCCGCUAUCGUAAUUACUGAUCUGUCUACCCCACCCAUCACGUCCCCUACGUACAAGCUUGAAGUAACUGCGUACCCGGAGGCUAAGGAUGCCAUUUCGAAUGGCUUAUUGCGUUUGAGGACAGACCACAUCAGCGGGGCCAAAGACCUCACUACGACAGCAGUAUUUUCAUUGAUGUCCGGAGCGGAUGGUGACGGGGGGGAGCAGGCUGAAUCUCAAGAACGAUGUAUUAGGAUGGGUGUUGAGAGGAUGCAUGCUUAUUUGAUGGAGAGGAAUGAGGAUGCCACACGGACGCACAUUGCCGUGGCGUUACGGCAGUUUUUAUAUGAGAAAGGUUCUGUCCAGGAUCAAAGACGAGUGGUGAAGAUCUUGACCCUAAGCUCCAGUGCAACGGUUGUUAAUGCGUUGGCAACGGUGUUGGAGACGGAAAGCAAGGAGAGCGGCGAUAGAGGUUUGAAUAUUCAGUUGAAGGUCAUGGAAUCUCGGCCGGUCUGUGAAGGGGUAGACUUAGCCAAAGAGCUCGUACACCGCGCAGGAGACGUCGGGGCCACAAAUCGGCUGCAUGUAGAGAUCGCAUCGGAUUCUAUUGUUGCUAUCCUAGCAAGAGACGUUGAUGCUGUUCUACUGGGAGCUGAUCGGAUAUCUGACAAUGGCAAUGUGAGCAACAAGACUGGUAGUUUACCUGCUGUUCUUUGUGCGAAAAUGUUGUCAGAUAAGGUGUCUGUCAUCAUAUUAUUUGAUCUCGAUAAAAUUUCUACGCCGGGAGCAACGGAUACGUAUAGAGAGGAAGAGAAUGACGUACGAGAGCUGGAGUGCCUAUGGGACCAGCAUCCUGGCAGAACCGUGAAGCCGGCCUCAUGGCGCACAGUAUUGGAGGCUCCAAACGUGUACUUUGAGUGGGUCCCCGCAAAAUAUAUCGAUCGCUAUAUCUGCGAGACAGGUAUCCUAGAUCUCAACGGCAUUAGAGAGCAAUCUGAAAAGGCCCGACGUGUGGAACGACAAUUGUUUGGCUGUUUCCCCUAA